AUAAAUAUCUGAGCUUUCCUCGUCUUGCUAGCGCUUGGAUAGUAGAAUUGACAGACACAAUCUAUAGUCUUUGGACUCAAAGACGUUUACUCGAACUUUUUAACACUUCUACUUUUUAGUCACCAAUCAUUUGCGAAUAUGCCUGCUAAGCCUAUCCUCCGUCACCUAGGAAAGAACGGCCCCUUGGUGCCAGCUAUUGGUCUCGGGCUCAUGGGAGCAUCUUACUCUGUUUACGGAAAGGAGUUAGAUGACGAGGAGCGAUUUAAGCUGCUUGACCGCGCCCUUGAGUUGGGAGAAACCUUUUGGGAUACCGCAGAUCUGUACGGUGAUGGAGAAGAGCACAUCGGGAAAUGGUUCAAGAGGACCGGAAAGCGGGACCAGAUCUUUAUUGCUUCUAAGUGUGGUAUCGUCAAGGGGAGCAAGACCUUUGAGGCCAACAGCUCUUAUGAGUACACUAAGCAGGGCUGUUAUAAGAGCCUGAAGGCCUUGGGUGUUGACCAGAUUGACCUUUACUAUAUCCACAGCGUCAACACUGAGACUCCUAUCGAGGAGACCAUGCUCGCCUUGAAAGAGCUUCAAGACGAGGGUAAAAUCAAAUACAUCGGCCUCUCCAUGGUCUCCGCCGCGACCCUCCGCCGCGCCGUCAAAAUCGCCCCCGUCGCCGCCGUGCAAACCGAAUACUCGGUCUCCGCGCGGGACAUCGAAGGCGCCGAAGGCACCAACCUGCUCGCCGCGUGCCGCGAGCUCGGCGUCGCCGUCGUAGCCGCGACCCCCCUAGGACGCGGCAUCCUCACCGCGGACUUCAGCAAGAACGGCGCCGCCUCCUUCGGCGAAGGCGAAAGCGACGCCCGCUCGCGCGUCAUGCCGCAGUUCCUCGCCGAGAACCGCGCGCGCAACGCCCAGGUCGUCGCGCAGUUCGGCGCCCUGGCGCAGAAGAAGGGGUGCACGGUGUCGCAGCUCGCGCUGGCGUGGCUGCUCAAGCAGGGCGACGACGUCUUUGCUAUCCCGGGGACCAAGAGGAUCCGGUACCUGGAGCAGAACUGGGACUCGCAGAACGUGGUGCUGAGCGAUGCCGAGGAGAAGGAGGUCAGGGCGUUUUUUGAGAAUAAUGGGUUCGUGGGUGGUACGCUCCCUGAGGCGUACAAGUCCCAUAGGUUCCGGGAUACGAAAGAGAAGUCUAGCUGAGCUGGCGGUAUUAGUCGUAGCUAGAUGAAUCUAGGUGGAAUAGUUGCUGUAGUUGGGAUGUUAGCUGGCUCUAGAUGAAAUUUGGGUAAAUACCUCCUAGGGUUGCUACCUAGUACUUCUAUCCGAG